GGGAGAUCCUGAGAAGAUGGAGAACCUGGCGAACCCUUACAGAAGUAAGUGACGGACAGAGACAUCACUCUGAUGGUCCGGCUCCGGGCCUCAAACAGCGCUAUCUUCACCGGCAGGAAGCACUCUGCCAUGAGAGGCUGGAGGUGGGUCUGCUGUCAGGUCCAGAUCCAUGCUGUAGGAGCCACGAAGGCCCGGCAGGGGUCUUGGGUGUGGUAGAUUUAAGAGGUUUUUGAUUGAAUAUACUUUGGUGUUGGUCUAUAGAAUCAGAGUGCCUUUAUCCGUCCCACAGAGCACAUCUACAGGGUUAAAGCACAGAGCCAAAGAUAGCUUAAUUAUUACUGAUACACAGUUAUUACAGAUGUAUUACAGACCCACAACUGAGUGUGGAGUUCAGUUUUGGUGCACAUCCUGUGCAUUAAUCAGAAAGUGGCACGACAUGUUUCUGAGUGGGGCAGCUGUCUGAACGCAGUACCAAAGGAGUUCCACAUGAAUGUGCAGGAUAUUCAAUAUACUGUGUGUGAUGCUGCAGGGCCGUCGGGAGGGAGAUGAGGUCGGGAGGGCUCUGUCACCACGGCAGCUGAAGAAGAAGUGGGACAACCUGAAGGAGAAGUACCGGGUGGGCCCAGCAGUUCUUGAGUAGAAGUCUUAGUACUCAGAUCUGGAACUCUAGUCCUCAUUAUCUCUGCUGUGUAGGCGCUGAAGAACCCUCCGGCGGGUCUGGAGAGCAGUAUCCGUUCUUCGUCCUGGCGCUGGUUCUAGCUGAUGGAUGAUGCGCUGAGCGGCCGCCUGGUCGGCCCCGGUAUCAGCUGAUCCUGUGGGAGGAGGAGGAGGAAGACGAGGUCAUCCUUCACAAUACACCAGCAGCGCCUUCUGGACCGAGUGUCGCCCAGACAGGAAGUCUGCAGGAGGUCCUGCAGCUCUGCAGACUCCAGGCGGGACGCAGGUCGCAGGUCGCCUGCAGGGGUUCUUUCAGGAGACGAGGGGAGGUUCAAAGCGGCCAAAUGUGAGCUGGGUGUGAUGGAGAUGGAGAGUCAACCCACGGUGCUGUACGCCACUUCAGUGUCCAACGGCACCAAAGAAACCACCAGCACCUCCUGCAGACCAGAGGACCACUGCUCUCUGGAGGAGCUGCAGAGGGAGGCGCUGCAGAGGGAGGAGGCGCUGCAGAGGGAGGAGGCGCUGCAGAGGGAGGAGGAGCUGCAGAGGGAGGAGGAGCUGCAGAGGGAGGAGGCGCUGCAGAGGGAGGAGGAGCUGCAGAGGGAGGAGGCGCUGCAGAGGGAGGAGGAGCUGCAGAGGGAGGAGAUCCACAGAGAGCUGAUGGCGUUGGAGAGAGACCGGGCCCGGCUGAACAGAGAGGUGGAGGCGCUGCAGAGAGAGAGGGCGGAGGUGGAGAGAGACAGAGCGGCGGUGGAGAGGGACCGGGCGUUUCUGGACCGGGACAGAGCUUUCCUGGACCGGGACAGAGUGUUUCUGGACCGGGACAGAGUGUUUCUGGACCGGGACCGAGUGUUACUGGACCGGGACCGGGAGGAUCUGGAGAGGCAGAGCAGGGAGGGUCCGGUGGGGAAUGAGGUGGUUCUGCAGACAGGUUUCUAUCAGAGCCUGGGGGCUGCAGAUGUGGAUCCACAGCAGCAGCGGAGCAGGCAGAGGCUGCUGGGUCUGUUCCAGAGGCUGCUGGAGAAACUGUGAGGGACUGGGUCAGGGUUCGGCGAGCUUCACCUUCAGAAGAGACAGUAUGGCCUGUGAACCCGGACAUGUUGAGGACCCAAAGUCCUAUGACAUAAAUGUAGAGUAGGGGUCUCCAGCUCAUAGAAGCUGCCGGAUCCUGACCUGCAGAUGUUGAGACGUUCACACAGUUAGCAUCAGCUGUGUUCAUUAGCAUUCAUUAGCAUUAUAGCCUACGUGGACAAUAGCUAAAUAAUGGCCUGGCAGAUUUGGAUAAUGUCGGACCCGUUUGGAGGUUAUUGAGGAUGCUGAAUCCAUUCCUGACUAUUUCAGGAUCAAAAAUAUCAGUUUUAACCAGAAUGUGGCCAUAUCAGUUCUCCCUGUGGCUGAUUUUGAUUACCAUGAGUAGAGUUGGAUGUAGAGAGACCCAGAGGAACUUUAUUAUCUCUACUGUGGACAAUUAUUUUUUUUAUAAAUAAGCAAUCUGUCCAAUCCAAAUGAUGCAGAGCCCCAUAUAACUUAGAGAACAGGUAUGGCCACUUCCUGGUUAAAACUGACGUUUUUGAUCCUGAAAAUGUCAGGAAUGGAUGGUUGCUCAUUAAUGCAACUUAAGCUAAUUGUGCAAACUACCCAACAAUAAUAUUGUAUAUAGUUAUGUAUAAAAACGUUUGUAUAUAAAAAAUGUUGUUUGUUGCAUUUGUGAACUUAAAGAUGGACAAUAAGGAAA